GGUUGCUUGUGGUACUUUCAGAAAUGGAUAUAUAGCAAGUGCAGCCAUUGCUUUGCCAUCAAAAGAGAACCAUGAGGUUCCUAGCUUUGUUUUGGGGGCUCCUUGUAACAUCUCAGGUUGUGCUCACCCUCCGCUUUGACAGGGAAAAAGUGUUUCGGGUGAAACCUCAAAAUGAAAACCAAGUGAUGUUCCUAAAGGACCUUGCUGCUAAAGUACAGCUUGAUUUUUGGAAACCUGAUUCAGUUCAUCACAUUGGCAUCGGAACUGAUGUGGAUUUCCGAGUCACUUCAGAUCAGACAAGCUAUGUCCAGACAAUGCUGGAGCAGAACAGAACACAUUAUGAAAUUUUAUUUCAUGAUCUACAAGAAGAAAUUGAAAAGCAGUUUGAUGGAGGGAUACAUUUCCACAAGAAGCACAGCUACACCAGAUACAAUGACUGGGAAAAGAUUGCUGCAUGGACUGAAAGAAUGGCUAAAAUUUAUCCCAAAUUGAUUUCCCGGCUAGAGAUUGGAAAGACCUAUGAAAACCGUACCAUGUACCUUCUUAAGGUUGGGAAGGAGAGUGGCAGAAAGAAGGCCAUCUUUAUGGAAUGUGGUGUUCAUGCACGUGAGUGGAUCUCACCAGCGUUCUGCCAAUGGUUUGUAAAGCAGGCUGCCAGAAGAUAUGGAAAAGACAAAGUCAUGACAAAACUGUUGGACAAUUUGAACUUUUAUGUCCUUCCUGUAUUCAACAUUGAUGGUUAUGCUUGGACAUGGAAAAAGGAUCGCAUGUGGAGAAAGAAUCGGGCCAAAACUUCCAACAGUGAGUGCAUUGGUGUUGACCUGAACAGGAAUUUCAAAGCUCACUGGGGCAGUGAUACUGAAUUUUUUGCACAUGAACCUUGUAUGGAAGUAUACUGUGGUCCCUCUGCAGAAUCUGAGCCAGAAACAAAAGCUGUUACAAACUUCAUUCGUGACCACAUUUUCAUCAUCAAAGGAUACAUAAGUGUGCAUUCAUACUCUCAGUUGCUAUUGUUUCCUUAUGGCUAUUCUGAAAAACAAGCACCUAAUCAUGAUACACUGAAUGAAGUGGCUAAGGGAGCAGUGGAUGCUUUAUCCAGUCUUUAUAAUACAAAAUAUAAAUAUGGACCAAUUGCAACUACAAUUUAUCCUUGUUCUGGUUCUACUGUUGACUGGGCUUAUGAUGAGGGUAUUAAGGAUUCAUAUGUCUUUGAGCUUCGUGACCAAGGUCGGCAUGGAUUUCUCCUCCCUGAAUCAAAGAUAAGACCAACUUGUAAGGAGACAAUGCUGGCAGUCCAAUACAUUGCUAAUCAUAUCCUCACCUCUGCUCCAUGAAGGCUUGUUCACAUUUACCCCUGAAGAGAAUUCUCUCCUCCUAUCUACUAUAUUUUCCUUUCACUUUGUAUCCUAUGAUUUCUUCCCAUUUUGUCUGGGACCUUAUUAAUUUCUGUAAAGACAUAAUGUUUUCUUACCUUUCUAUACCACAACAACAAAGGUUUGUUGCCUUUUCACAGUCUUGCAUAGUAUCAGUUAUUUUGAUUUGCUAACUAUUUUGUUGUCGUUGUUGUUCACCUUCAAGUCAUUUCCAAUGUAUAGCAAACCUAAGGCAAACCUAUCAUGGGGUUUUCUUGGCAGGUAUUUCAGAGGCAGUUUGCCAUUGCCAUUUUCUGAGGCUGAGAAAGUGUGACUUUCCCAUAGUCAUCCAGUGGGUUUUCAUGUCCAAGUCAGAAUAUGAAUCCUGGUCUCUUAAACCACUACACCAUGAUGACUCUCUGCUAAAUAUCUUAGGGACAGGAGUUCUUCUAGAUUAGUUUAAAUACCCUGCAGCCCAAUCCAGAGUUUUUCCACAGAAAAGGGAUGUUCUUGGGGCUUCAUGCCCCUGGACACCCUGGGAACCGCAGCCAUGGCAUCAUUUCCACAGCUGGUUAGUUGCUGCAGGAAUGAUGUGGCACCCAAAAGGAGUUUCGUUUCGAAGUUCCUUUCUGCACCAUGCCCAGGCUGCCAUAAGCGACCUGGGGUGGCGCAGAGAUGUUACAUACGCGCAGCACCAUUUGGACACGGCACAUGCAUGAUGUCAUCAUGGAAGCCCCCCAUGUGGAUGGGAGGCUGCCAUGAUGACAUUGCCACCACAUAUUAGGGUUGUGGGGCAUGUAGAUGCUCCGCCCCCAUGCAACCCUAGUAUGUGGCCAGGCCAGCUCAAAGUGCCAGUCUGGACAGGGCCAAAGUGUGAUAAAAAAGUGAUGGAGAAACAAAAGGGGGUUACAAUAUCUUUUGCUCAGCUAGUCUCAAAGGUGCUACAAGAUCCCUUUGCAUCCAGUUGUGAUUUGUUCAUCAUCUGUCCAGAUGGAGCCCUCCACAUGUUUAAUGCAAUACCACCAAUCCACUUUUAGACUCUUUGGAAGAGAGCAAAUCUGCACAACCUGUACACAUAAGGCUACUAAAGUGUCUGUCCACAUUUCAUGUACAAUUCAAUACUGUAUGAAUUUAAGUGAAAGGUGGAAAUGUUUUCUAAUAUAAUCACACCCAUGGUCUUCUUUAUAUGGGCUUCAAACAGUUAGCAAAAACAAAUUUUCAUGAAAACAUCAUGUAUUUACCUUGUAUGUCUCUGCCUUUCUACCUCUCUCUCUCAGCACUAUUUUUAAAGAACUCUGUUAUUUUAUACUGAGAACUAAGCAACAUUUAUCUGAAUAAAAAUAUAUG